GCCAGUUCUUCUUAGGCAUUGCUUCCAUUCUCCUUCACCUGCUCCACCACCCAUAUAUUUAGUACCAGCACUAGCAUCUCCCACCGGGCCAUCACUUGUACUACCUCAGGAAACCCAGCUCAUUUGGAUCAACAUACAGAUCAUGAGGUCUUCACUUAUGGUCCUGGCUUCUCUUCUCCUUCUCCUGGUUCUGGCUACAACAGCACAUGGGAUUCGGCUGGACAGGCACCUGCAUGAGGCACUCGGCAACAAGCAGGAACAACUGGCCGGGCAGCCACAAAAAUCCAAUGACGCCGCUGAUUCUACCGGCAGCAGCAAGCCCUGCACGUCGGAUGGGAAUUGCUCAGGAAAGGCGAAAAAGCCACCGUCGCCGCACACUCACGCCGAACCGGAAGAGGCAUCAGCCAAGCAUCAGAUACCCCCGAAGAGGAAGGACGGUCACGCUCAGGUGACCAGCCACGGCGAGCAGGAGGAAGCGCCGUUGCCACGGCAACCGCAGCAGAAGACAUGGUCGCGCCGGACGCUGCCGCGGCGGCCAAAACAGCAGGAGACGAGGACGUACCCGGACCUGAUCGACAUCGCCGGGAUGGACUACUCGCCGGCCGCCAGAAAGCCUCCCAUCCACAACUGAAUCUAACGAGGGCACACGGAUCGAUCGAUAUAUUGGAGCUGAAGUACCUAGUUUAUUAUUAUAGUAGAUUACCAGUACGCGGCUACUGGUUUAUUAGUUUUGUGGAGCUACUAUUAGCUUAUGGAUCCUCAUGGAAUAGAAUAGUGCGGUACAGCUAA